AUGGAAGCUCUAAACAGAACUACGAAGGUUGUUGAAAUAGAAUUACCUAUAUCUAGAUUCGGCCAAUACUUAACGGCCCCGAACUUGGCUGGUGGUCUUGUUAUUACCUUUCUUGUGCCAUUCAUAUAUCAGAUUGUUUAUUACAAAUAUUUCCAUCCUCUCAAAGAUUUUGAUGUUAUAGCAAACAUUCUCCGAAUAUCACCAACUGAACUUUUAAUCCCAUCAGUCUUUUCCCUUCCUCAAAUUUAUUAUUAUCAAGCUAUCAAGACAAAAUGGUACGUUACUGGUGUAUUUGGUCCAGGAGAAUCAGUCUUUAAUAUACAGCAACAUUCACACCAUGCCCAUUUCCGUCGACUAAUCGCUAAACUAUACUCGAUAUCUAAGAUGGUCAAGAAUAAAUCUUUUAUUGAUGAUAUUAUUAUUGCUUGGAUCAGAAAAUUGAAUGACAUCUUGGUCGGAUUCAAAGAAGCCUUUGGCUUUGUGGAUAUUGCUAUUGAUGUUGAUGAUUUGAUUGAAGAAUUAUAUAAAGAAUUCUUUUACUUUAGCAUUAUUAACAGAAUGUAUCCUUUCGUUGAGUUCAUUAAGAAGACUUGA